CGUAGGACCAAGCCUUUAGCUCAGGCAGAACCUUCAGACAUUCUGGUUCAAGAUGUCCCUGGAUGUCAGACACCCGGCGGGGAUCUCGACCGGGUGUUUCUCACCGCGGGGCGGCCGCAUCGACGCGCGGGAGGACACAGGAGUGGAGCGCAGCGCUGCAGUCGCUGCGCGAGGCAUCCCAGCAAUGCGUGAGGAUCAGCGCAGGCCGCUACGUCGCGGCCGCCAGCGCGUGUGGGAAGGGCGAGCAGUGGCAGUGGGCGCUGUCGCUUCUCGGCGAGCUGGUUGAGGCGAAGGUGGAGCCCACCGUCAUUCUACAGCGCUGGGAUCAGCGCGUGCGAGACGGGAAAGCAGUGGCAGCGGGCGCUUGCGCUGCUCAGCGAGAUGUGGGAAGCGAGGGUGGAGCUCGACGUCAUGAGCUACAAUGCUGGGAUCCGCGCUUGCGGAAGGGGCGAGCAGUGGCAGCGGGCUCUGGUGUUGCUUAGCGAGAUGUCGGAUGCGAAGUGGGAUCCCGACGUCCUCUCCUGUACAAUACCGCAUGCAGGGCGUACGAAACCUACGAGCAUCAUCAGCUACGGCGCUGGGAUUAGCGCGUGCGAGAAGGGCGAGCAGUGGCAGCAGGCUCUGUCGCUGCUGAGAAAGAUGCGGGAGGCGAAACUGGAGCCCCACGCCCCCUGACUUACCUACAACGCUGGGAUCAGCGCGUGCGGUAAAGGCGAGCAAUGGCAGCGAGCUCUGUGGCUGCUCUGCGAGAUGCGGGAGGCGAAGCUGGAGCCCACAGUCGUCAGCUACAGCGCUGGAGUGAGCGCGUGCGAGAAAGGCGAGCAGUGGCAGCGGGCCCUGUCGCUGCUCAGCGAGAUGCGGGAGGCGAAGUUGGAUUCCAACGUCAUCAGCUACAGCGCUGGGAUCAGCGCGUGUGGGAAAGGCGAGCAAUGGAAGCGGGCAUUGCCUCUGCUCUGCGAGAUGCGGCAAGCGGAGCUGGAGUCCAACGUCAUCAGCUACAGCGCUGGAGCGAGCGCGUGCGAGAGAGGCGAGCAGUGGCAGCGGGCCCUGUCGCUGCUCCGCGAGAUGCGCGAGGCGAAGCUGGAUUCCAACAUCGUAAGCUACAGCGCUGAGAUUAUCGCGUGUGGGAAAGGCGAGCAAUGGCAGCGGGCUCUGUCGCUGCUCUGCGAGAUGCGGGAGGCGAAGCUGCAGCCAGACGUCAUCAUCUGCAGCGCUGGAGUGAGCGCGUGCGAGAGAGGCGAGCAGUGGCAGCGGGCCCUGUCACUGCUCCGCGACAUGCGGGAGGCGAAGCUGGAGCCCACAGUCGUCAGCUACAGCGCUGGGAUCAGCGCGUGUGGCACAGGCGCGCAGUGGCAGCGGGCCCUCUGUCUGCUCCGCGAGGUGCGGGAGGUGGAGCUGGAGCCCGACGUCGCCUCCAUGACCAUACCAGGGUCCGCGCGCCCCCGGAGUGCUCCCGAGCGGCUGUGCCCCCCUUCCUUGGCAUCGCUCGGGCGUGUGCAUUUUCUCCUUCGGCGAGGACCAUCGAGG